GUAAAAAUCAUUCAGAACAAGUUCCAGAUCUUUAUUCUACGUAGCAUUGAUCGUCCUCUUCGUUCUACGUAUGGUUCUUUUACAACUAACUUGUUUUUAUUUUCAAAAGUGGUCCCCAUCGCCAUCUAGUAGCUACUAAACUUAACAACUGCUAAAAGCACCCAUCUAGUAACUACUAAACUACUUAGAACUUUUUUUAAAAGUCCCUAACAUUAGCCUUAACCCUUAUGCCUAGCCUUAACCUUAAGCUUAGCCUUAACCCUAUCUGGUAACUACUUCGCGUUCUCGGCGGCCUGGCGCAUAAGUAAUAUAACCAAGCUUACAUCAACACUUUCAUGUUAUUAACACGAUACGGAGUUAUAAGUACUUAGUUGUACUAUUCAACACCACGCAUCAAGUUGUACUUCAUUGCAUUCAACACGAUCACGCAAGUACUUUAUUCAAGACCACGGACCACGAACAUCAUCAGAAUGUCCAUCGUCUUUGGUGGCUCAUCCUCUUCGUCGUCUUUGGUGGCUCAUGCUAUAAAGAGUGCUGGCAUCGCACUGCCUCUUGCUUGCCAAGCAAGAACAACUUCAUCCAGUCCAAUCAAGACGAGAAGCGGCGACUACAAUCCUAAUCCUAUUCCUUCAUCAAGUCCAAUCAAGGCGAGAAGCUUAAGGGUAGUGUAUCAUUAUCCCAUGAUGUGGAGUAAGCUGAGUGACGUCCUCCUUGAGUGAAUCAUGGGGAAAGAAACUAAGGGGCAAGGAGGGCAAUCCACUCGACUCGGGAUAGUGAAAAACUACCUUUAAGAAGCGACGAAAUUCCUACUCCUAGUAUCGCCUCCGUCUUCUCAUUAGGCGGGACAAAAUCAAAAUCGCGACUAGUAAGAUUAGCGCCACCAAGAACAAGGAUGAAGAUGCUGCUUCACCAAGGAGUCUUACGUGAGGCACGAGGACAUCAGUGUUGGCGAGGACAUCAGUUUUGGACCUCUGCCAAGAGGCAUUUCGCAAAAUAUCGACCAUUCAUCAAGCCCAUUCGCGGACCCGUUAGGCUAGCGAAAGCUGGAGGGCCAAAAGACCAGAUCACAAAACAAACUGUGAUAGACACAGGAUUAGAGGAUGCCAAGGUCGAGCAGGAACGACGAGAAGCAGAUUAAGACAUCAGUUUUCAAAUUGAGCACGAGAGAGGGGAACUCCUGAGCAUGAGAGAGGAGUUUCAACUUACUGUAAAUCACACUCGAAGCAGAGGACGAAAAUGGAACACUUAUAUAUAAAAAUACAUGCCCAGAAAGCGGGCCCAUCAAGGGCCCGCUGCGCUGGGCAUAGGUUAACAACUCGACAGGUUGACUACUAAGAGACAGAAAGACAAACGAAAAAAGUCGCCAAGUCUGCUCGCCAAGGCUGGGAAGCUGGCCCCCACUGUGGCGAGGCUAGUGAGGAGGUUACCGCUAUGGCUACUGCCUUGGCCAACUUGCUUGCUAGGGGCAAGCCAAUGGGCGCCAAGGCUGGCCCGCUGAGCGUCAUGGAGUCCAUGAGAAGGCCACGCUUGGACAUAUGUAGGCACAGAGAUUGGGCCCUUUUGAGUGUGAUCAUGUCCAGGAGAAUCCUAAAGCAUAGCAUACCCAUGGGAUGGCAAAAGGCUGACACUGGCGAGCGUCAUGGACGAGGCCCAUGAGAAGGCCACGCUUGGGCAUAUCUAUGCGCAGGGCCAGAAGCUGGGCCCCAACCUUCAGGCGCGGGGAUGUGUCUAUAGGGUUGGCUGUUUCAUGGACAUGACGCAAGACGCCCACCACGGUCCGCGCCUCAGACAUGCAAUGGCCCACAGUUAUCACUCUCACACACAGGCAUCGACGUCCUCAGCCUUCAGCCUUCACCGACGGAGAUGCAUGCGCCUGGCCUUCUCAUGGACAUGAUGACGCCCGCCAAGGUCCACCCUUAUCUACUUUGUCACAGACAUCGACACCCUCAACGGCUUCGACUUUCACAGGCAAAUCUGUAUACCUUUGGCCCUCUCAUGGAUAUGAUGACGCUCACCAAGGUCCACCCUUCAGCCACACAAGUGCUCAAGGCUAUCACUCUCACAGGCAUCGACAUCCUCAACGGCUUCGACUUUCAAACACAGAGACGCACAUCUUUGGCCUUCUCAUGGAUAUGAUGAUGCUCACCAGGGUCCACCUUUCAGACAUGCAAGUCCUCAAGGCUAUCACUCGCACAGGCAUCGACAUCCUCAACGGCUUCGACUUUCAAGCACAGAGAUGUAUACCUUUGCCCUUCUCAAGGAUAUGAUGACGCGCACCAGGGUCCACCCUUCAGACAUGCAAGCCCCCACGGCUACGGCUAUCAUUCUCACAGACAUCGACAUCCUCAACGGCUUCGACUUUCACACACACAGAGACGCAUGUCUUUGGCCCUCUCGUUGGUUUGAUGAUGCUCACCAAGGUCCACCCUUCAGGCAUGCAAGUCCUCACGGCUAUCAUUCUCACAGACAUCGACGUCCUCAACUGCUUCGACUUUCAUACACAGAGAUAUAUAUCUUUGGCCUUCUCAUGGAUAUGAUGACGCUCACCAGGGCCCACCCUUCAGACAUGCAAGUCCUCACGGCUAUCAUUCUCACAGGCAUCAACAUCCUCAACGGCUUCGACUUUCACACGCAAAGCUGCACACCUUUGGCCUUCUCAUGGAUAUGAUGAUGCUCACCAGGGUCCACCCUUCAGACACGCAAGUGCGCACGGCUAUCAUUCUCACAGCCAUCGACAUCCUCAACGGCUACGACUUUGAAGCGCCGAGAUGUAUGUCUUUGGCCUUCUCGCGACUCAAUACGAUCACGCUCGUCAGCCUCUACCUUUUCAAGUGCUCACCCUCUCCCUUACAAUUCUCCCGCUUUUAUGCUGGUUAGGAGUAUACUGGUCAACCAUCGACCUCCAAGGGCUGCCGCGCGCUCCUGUGCCGUGGUCGAUUGCUGUGCGCGGAAGGUAGUCGCGGAAGGGGAGCGAGCUAACUUUUUUCCAAAAACUUCAGGGAGGUCGUUCAGUUUUCUCUGUAUUUGAAUGACCUCCCUGAAGUUUUUGAAAAAAAGCAAAGGCGCUGGGCGAUAUAUGACAAGGGUAGCGGUUGGAAGUUCGUUGGGGCGAUUCGCUAGGGGUGGGCGCGUAGUGUCUUGCUGCGGAUGUGGCUGGUGUACGUGAGUAGCCUACAAACUAACAGCCGCGAACACGUUAGCACGUUCGUGACACUUUUGGACUCGUAGUACUAGCAAGGUCCUUAAGGAGCCGCUGUUAUUAGCCCAAGUUUAUAACAGCUUGUCCUUAAGGGACCUCCUUAAGGGAAUUUUUUUCCUCUUAAGGAAAGUUAUAAUAACUUUUUAUAAUAAAAAUUCCUUAAGGAAACUGAUUUCCUUAAGGAAGCGCCUUAAGGAAGCUCCUUAAGGGAGCUCCUUAAGAGAUUUCUGGGAAUUGCUAAUACUAUAAAUACUAAUAUUCUACUGUACACCUACACGGUAGAAGAAAGGAAAUCGAAAUUCACUAGUAUAUCACACACACUCCAAACAUAAUUGUGAGCGCCGCUCAUUCUGAACAACAACUCCACUUAAAGGCUGUGCACAACAACUCCAGUUAGGACUGUCAGACUCCAAACAGCACGAUUGUGAGCUCCAUCUAAGCACAGCAGCGAGCCUUAGAACUGUCAGAGGAACGCCGUGUGGCGCUCUGCGGUUGCACACCGUUUAUGAGCCUUCGCUACCUACAUUACGGCUUCUACUUACAGUUCAUCUACUUUUUGUUCAUCUGUGGUGUGCUUUCUUGAAGUUGUACUAGCAACAUGGAGACAGCACGAGAUGAGGGAAAAGAUGGAUUAGCAUUAGGUUUAGUGAUUUCUAAUUUGAGGCCUUCCAUGCAACGAAAUUACCGACUCCAGCAUCUGCGACGGUCACCAACAUGUCCAGCUCACAAAGCGUUGACUAAGGCUCUGUUGAUGAUCUGCGAAGAAUCUUGGCAGAGUAUCAUUUUCCUCAGUUGCGUCCUUGGACUUGGAGUCAUUCAUCUCAGAAUCAAAUACCUAUUUUUUCAUUACCGUACUUCUUGAAGUACGGCACAACUUCUGUUAAUUACAUUUAACAGGUGGAGAUGAUGAUAUUUUUAUACUGAGCUCUAAAAAGGUGACAAGACUACAUCUACUGAGGACAUAAUUUUGCGUUUACAGCUCGACGUGGAUUUGACAAGGGAGGCGGUUCGUGGCGUAUGCGUUCUGCCGAAUGGGCUGCAAACGAAAAUACGAUUAUUGGUCUUUUGCCCCGACCGCGACGCUCAGGAAAUGAAGGACCUUGGUGCCGACUUCGCAGGGAUAACAGUUAAGGCUGCCCAAUAUCGAUGAUAUUUAGCUUCCAAGUCUUCAAGAAUCACAACCUCCACCACUCUUCUGAAGAGCGAGGUGCAUAACUUAUUAAAUAUUCAUCUUCAAGAAGUGCAAGUGCAUUUUCGACCACGGGGGUCUUUCAGGCACGCUUGAAGUACUUACUCUCUCUACAUGUUUUUCAGAGGCAUCUUCAUCUAGGUGCUCUCAACAAGGGGAAUAGGAACAAGAAAAAGAAACCCUCUUUUAUAGGUUUAGGUACUCUCUAUGUUGAUAAUAUUCUGAUUCUCAAGGGGAAAACAAAAUCAAAAUCAAUUCUCAAAAUGAUGAAAGAACAUGCGUUCUGAGAUGGAACCAUCUCUCCAACUGUAAGGAAUCUGUCUAAUAGAGACGUUGUGAAACGCAUUCAGCAAGGAUGGCUCGGCUUCGAUCGUUGCAUCGCAACUCAGGAUAUUAUGGGCUACAAGCAAAAUCAUGAAGAUGCGGUCUAUUGUAACAAACAAGCUAUUACAUCCUACGUGUAGUUCCGUAGAUUCAUUCUCGUAUUUCUUGGCUCUUAUCUCAAGCUUGCCAGCUUUUAAAUCUUCUACGCUACGCCUCUACCUUUUCUAAGAACUACAUGAAAGCCAUUACCACUAAGAAACUAAGAAACUACACCUUGCUUUAAGGACUGUUAUUCAUUGUUAAUGUUUUAACAACCAAACUAGAACUACACAUGAUAGACUGAGUGACGACUGAGACUCAUCUAAGAACAUGAUGCGACAGGUGUUGCCAGUAGCGAAAAUCUUAGGACCGAAAAGACUUAUGCCCUCUCCCCGUUCCGGAACCGUGGUCGAAGAUCUACGUGCAGCGAUACGAGAGGUGAAGUUAAGACUGAUGAUGUAAUUUAAAUAUAUGAUUGUCUGCGACUGCGACGUGCACUAACAACCAGCAUACCAGUGAGAAGUUGUGAAAUUUAGACUAGGAUGAUUCAUUUUUCAUUUUUCCACACCCUUCACGGUACUCGUUCGACGCAGUUCUUCUAAAAUAAGGUGGAGGACUUUUAGAGUAUCGUGCUGAAGGAGAAGGCGAGCUAGAGGUUGCAAUCGGAAACACGCAAUUUUCCAAUUUAUGAGUGGAUUUUUUUUUGGGAAUUUUUUUGUACUGGAUGACUGGCACUAAGUACACUAGCAGAUCUAUUAUUUACCCUCUAUUUUAGGCAGACUGCAGAGUAGAUUCGCAUCAUCAUUUACCCUCUCUACCACUACGACUACCCAUGUCCGAUAGAGGACAGUUCCUCUUUGUUUUCUUCGCUCAUCUGCAGAGAGUUUCCUGGCUCAUUCACUGUGGUUCAGCUGGCUUUGUUCAGGAGAUUUAUCAUGUUAUUUCAGAAAAUGAGUCGAUCGCUGUAUUCUAACGAAGGCAAUGGUAUUGGAAAACGUGAAGUUUUUCAUCACGCAGCUAAUGCGUACGCGCUCAAAGGGUGGAGGCGGUUCUCAAGGAUUAUGGGACUCAUAUUCUAGGUAAGUCCAUGAGGACGUCGGUCUCGAUCAUGAAGAUGUUUGAGAAGCCAGUUGUCGUACCAUGUAAACACAACAUAGGGGAUGUUGAUUAUUAUCUUCAUGAUGUGUACUUUUGACUCGGCCCCUCUUGAUCUUCUGAAAAGAUAUUGUAUCCAUCUCUGGGAGCGCCACCAGCUCCAGGUCGUAUUCUUAUUUUUGGCUUUUCAGUAGUUCAUUAUGUCUGCUAGUUUUUCUAGUUGGCCCACACCUCACCUAACCUAACCGACAGCUCUAACUCAAGGCGGACAAACUAGUGGCACAAAUCUGAUCAAGGAUGCGCGGAUAGAACGAGGAAAAUCUGGAACCUCAGAUAGUGGAAGAUUAAGGCUAAUAUACCACAGAGAGGACGCUCAUCUUACUUACAUAAGCACUCACGCAGUACUAGUACUGUUUUGCAGUAGAAAGUAGUGUUUUAUUGUAGUAGUGUCUUCCUGUUGCUGUUGUAGAAAGUCAGUCAGCAGUAAGUAUCUAUUUACCAUGAUAGAUAUGAUCAUUGAUUAACAUUCGAGUAGAGAAGACCGCAAGUGUCUGAGUUCAUCUGUUAGAAUAUUUGUAGUUGUGCAACUUAGCUCAAAGAAGUCAAACCAACUAAGCUUUAAGAACAGCCAGAUCAAGCGGAGCAUCAGGGUACAUACUGCGUGCUUCUCUCAGAACAGCCAGUGGACCUGACGUUCCGUUAUUGCCGAGUGAGGUUUUGCCAAACAGCUCAGGAUACUUUCGAUAGUAAUGAGCAGAUCUUCAUGUAGAAUUGAAAUUGUUGAAACUUUUGGAUUAGAAUCCUGAGUGUGGAUCAGUUCAAUAGCUCUGAUGUAGCAGCUGAAGCUGUUCUGCUAUGGCGACAUCCGUGGCCGAUCAACAUUAUCGGUUAAAUCAUGGGUCCAUCCUCAUGAAGUUCUUUUUUAAAUAGAGAGUGAUCCCUUAAC